AUGAUAAUGACACAGAAACAAGAUGUUGAGUCAUCAGAUUCUUCUUCGUCUUCAGAGACAGACUCUUCCUCAGAUUCUGAUUCUGACAGCAGCAGUAGUAGCUCAGAGUCAUCCAGCAGCAGUGACUCCUCAUCUAGCAGUGGCACCAGCAGUGACUCAGAUGUUCCUAAAGCCAAAAGAAAGAGAAUGCAAAAGAAAAAUAGAGAAUCUGAUAAAGUUUCCAGGAAAAAACAAGAAAGGAAAAGGAGAUCACUUGAAAAGGAAAUGGGAAGGAGGCAGCAAGAGGAAAGAAGUGAUACUGACAGCAAAUCGGAAAGAAAUCACCGAAAUGUGAGAGAAUCACACAGGAGAGAUGAUGUAUCAAAAUAUCACCACAGAGAUGAGUCCAAUGGCAGAGAUGGUUACCAUAGUGGAAAGGAUAGGAACCAUGAAAGAAGUAAGGAUCUAGAAAAUAAACACCGUAAUUCAAAACCAAAGAAAGCAGAGAGAAGAGCUUCUUUGUCUGAUGAUGAAAAUUACAGACACUGGAGCAAAGAUAAUGGACAUCGCAGUAGAAAAAGAGAAAGAUCAAAAUCCAGAGAGAGAGCCCAUAAUAAUUCAAGUCCGAGAGAGGAGGAACAGGAAGACAGAUACAGAAAUGGUUCAGAGAAACACCGAGAGAAGUACAGCCGUUCUUCUGACCAGUACAGAGAAUCCAGAAAGAACGAGGACAGAAGAAGGGAGAAUUCCCCACACAGACGAAAAUAAUACCUAACCAGAGUUUGAAAUAAAUGUGCAUUUCUGAGCUGUUAAAACUGUAUUUUAAAAUCUAUUACUGAACUUUCUUUAAAAAAAGAUUUUGUACAAAGUGAUAGUUUGCAUUUGUAAAUUUUACCAGACUUUUUCAAAUUUUCAGUACCACUUUUUUAUAACUAUUGCAUUGAGUCUUUCUGUUAAAUUCUUCCUUUGGAAAGAGGAAGCUGUUUAUUUUGUGAAUAAAACUGUUACGAUC